AUGGGGGCCGCGAUGUCCAGCCUCGAGGGGCUCUGCGGGGGCAGGAGCCGUCCCGCCCCUGGGGCGGCGGUGCCCGUGAAGGUGUGCGCGAAGACGCCCGACGGCUCGCUGCAGACAAGCCCCGCCGAGCUCGCGGAGCUCGGCGCCUCGGCGCUCGCCGCGGGCGCUGGCGACCCGGUGCCGUUCGACGAGUUCAUGGCCUCGGAG